AUGGACGGAAGCACAACACAUACCCUGACGGGCCUCAAGAGAUGGUCAUGUCAGGACCCUACCGUACUCCCGGAUAUGGACAAGAUCAAGGCCAUUCACGUUUACGACUUUGACAAUACUCUGUUCUGCAGUCCUCUACCCAACAAGCAAGUCUGGGCCAGUCCGACUAUCGGCACGCUACAAGCACUCGAGCAAAUCUCGACUGGUGGAUGGUGGCAUGACGCGAACAUCUUAGCCUCGACGGGCAAGGGCCAGGACGACGAGGAAAAGACUGCCUGGUCAGGCUGGUGGAACGAGGGCAUUGUCGAUCUUGUGCGUCUAUCAAUGCAGCAAAAGGACGCUCUUACCGUGCUCCUUACUGGUCGCAAUGAAAGAGGUUUCGCCCAUCUCGUCACCCGCAUGUUCAGAGCGAAGCAACUCGACUUCGACAUGGUGUGUUUGAAGCCCGCCGUCGGUCCAUCCGGCCAGCGCUUCUCUUCGACCAUGCUCUUCAAGCAAGACUUGCUGCGUGAUCUGGUCUGCACAUACUCGGACGCUGACGAGAUUCGCAUCUACGAAGACCGCCCGAAACAUACCAAGGCAUUCCGUGACUUCUUCGCUACCUUCAAUCGCUCCGUAACCUCUCGCUCACCCAUCCAAGCCGACGUCGUUCAAGUCACCGAAGAAUCCACAACCCUCGAUCCUAUUGUCGAGGUGUCAGAAGUCCAGCGCAUGAUCAACACACACAAUCAAGCCGUACUCGACGGCGAGACACCCGGCCUGGUACCCUUGACCAUCAAACGCAACGUCUUCUACACAGGCUACCUCAUCUCACCCCAAGACACCGAGCGAUUUGCAGCACUAGCUAAGAACACUUCUGAUCGCGACUGGCGCACGCUUGCCAACAACAUCCUCAUCACCCCUCGUCCCGCACCCCAGAGCAUCCUUAACAAGGUUGGUGGUCUCGGCCACCGCUUGACUUGGAGAGUAACAGGCAUCUCCCACUUCGAGAACAAGCUAUGGGCCGCCCGUGUCGAGCCCGCCGACCCUAGAGCACGCUUUUACUCCGAGAACCCUACUCCCACCGUCGUAAUCUCACUCCGCAACAAUGCUCGCCCGGUAGACGCAAAAUACAUCUCAAACUGGACACCCACAACGCCCGAACAAUCCUUCGAAUUCGACACGGUCGUUGGUGAAAAAGUCCUGUUAAGAAUCGAAAGAGAAACAGCAGAUCAAGACGACAACAACAACUCCUAUGCAAACAGCAAACCCCGUCCUCAACAACGCAGACAUCGCGAAGAAGAUUUCCCAGCUCUGGGCUCUUCAGCGCCUCAAGCACCAAAAGAUCAACAAGCCACACCCUCACAACUCGAUCCCACAGCCGUGCAAUUUGGUCCCAAUGUCCCCACAGGUCCUGGUCAAACCUACGGCAAUAACAACCGCGGCAACUACAGCGGCCACAAUGCCCGUGGCGGCGGCGUCUCGAAACCAGGAAACAACAGAGGAGGAAGAGGAGGACGAGGCGGCCGUGGUAACAACAGAGGAGGUAGAGGCGGCAGAGGAGGCAGGGGCCGAGGAAACAACUACAGAAGUCUAGACGACCGACAAGAGAAUUACGGUGGUGGUGGUAUGCAGUAUUAG